UCUCUCAGAGGAAGUGGGCGUCACAUUCAGCACUUCAUGUUGAACAUGUAACCAGGAAAGAAACACUCAAAACUCAUCUGAACACACAUCGAGAGCUUCAGAAGAACUGAAUCUACUGACAACAGAGAAGAUCAUUUAUUAAGGGAGAAAAAUGAAGAUCAUCUUGACUUUCACUCUGCUGAUGAUUCCUGGUGUCGUGAUCUCCAUGAGAGUGACGGGAUAUUCAGGAGGAGGAGUCACGAUCACAUGUGGAUAUGAUGGAGGAUAUAGAGCAAAUGAAAAGUAUUUUUGUAAAGGACAGUGGUCAACAUGCACAGAUCAAAUCAAGACCAAAGAGAAAAAUAAAUGGGUUCAGCAGGACAGAUUCUCUCUGUAUGACGACACAACAUCAAGAGUCUUCACUGUGACCAUCAGAGAACUGAGUGAACGGGAUUCUGGGAUCUACUAUUGUGGAACUGAACUCUAUGGACCAGAUCUCUACACUAAAGUGGAUCUGAAGGUUAUAACAGGUGAGUAA